UCGAGUCAUUCAUAAAUAUUUGUUUAUUUAAUUAAAAAUUAAUAUUCGUAACAUUUUUAUUUUAACUCGAAAUAGUUUUUGAUAUUAUAUCUUAUGGAAUUAAAUUUAAUAUAUUGAAAACAUAAUAUAUUUUUCCUGCAUUUGGUAAAUAAAAUAAAAUAAAUGUAAUAGGAAAUAAAAUAGACGUGUGGGCCCUAUUGGCACCGGUUCGCCGAUGAAAAUAGCACCUGAAAAAAAAUUGACGGCCCAUAACGGGCCCAGUCAAACAGGGCCCCACCCCAAGGCAGGGGCCCACGUCACAGUGGGAGAAUUUACAAGAUAACCCUCUCUCACCGCUUUCAUUUUCAGUUGCAGCUUUUUCGCUGCACAGAAGGCGCACGCACAGAGAAUCACACACUCCAAUUUCUUCUUCUGCUGCUUUAUCUAUGGCGAGGCUCUGAAUUUAUGGGGAUUGCGAAACCCUAGGUGUUCAUUCACUUUCGUCGCAUUUCGCGGACUCGUUUUCCAGGUUAUAGGGACUUGCUGUUCAUGGAGUGGGAUCUGUGGAGUUCGACGUAUGACCAAGAUGCGAAUGGUAGUAAUUACUGGUCACCGCAACAUGAAUGCGACUUCUACUUUGGGUGUGGCCCAGGUAAUCAUUGUUUCUUACUCCCUGACGCUUGGCAUUUUUUGUGUUGUCCUUGUGUUGUUUUUACUCUGGCUUUCUGUUAAUUUUGUAGAUGUUAUAGAGGAGGACGCGUUGAACAUGGAAUCCUGUAUUCGGGUUUUGAGAAUAUUGAUCACCAAGGCGGAUACUGAGAUUGAGGAACUUGAAAGAGAUCUCUUGGUGCUUCAGAAGGAGUUGGCCUGUUUUGAGCAUGAAAAAUGGCCUGAUAUAUUCUGUGGUGUUCUCAGUGAGAGAAUCAGCCAGCUUGAUGUGGCGAUUAGGACUUUAAAGAAUGAUUGUGCUGAUGAGGCUGAAGUGCAGUUACUGCUAGAUAGUGAACCUGCUGGGACGCUUCAUGAAAUACUUGCCCAGUAUCUAGAUGUGAAUGUCUUGAGUCCAGUUGUGAAUGUUACUGAACAUGCACCAGACAAAGAUUCUAGCACCCUUAAUAUGAUCAUUAAGGACGAAGGACAAGAUCUUCAUGGAACCUCAGAAAGCUCUGGAAGCUUGGAACUUAUUUUGGAGAUUCAGAAGUCAGAUAAUCCGGAAAAGAUUGAGGAACUAUCUGAAGAAACACUUGUUAGAAGUCCUGAUUUGGCGGGCAUUAUCCUUGCAUCCUACCACUCUGAUGGUAUAAAAUUAUCAGAAACAUUUGAUGAUCAAGUUGCUGGAAAUGAAGUCAGAAAAAGCCAACUCAUUAAUUCAAAUACAGGUCAAAUGUUGGAUUUGUUUUCGGCCAAAAGUGAAGCCAAGAAAGAAAAUGAAUUUGUCAGAGAAAAAGAUGUUAGCCCAGAUGAAUUUAGGCCUGCAAUUGACAUCAAUGGGAAGAAAACGGGUCCACAUUCCAUAUUAGAUACUUCACAACGACAAAAACGAGCAAAACCUAAUUUAGACAAAGAACCAUGUGAUUUUGCUCCAAAAGCUGCACAAAGGGACUGCAAGAAAGAACCCAAGGUUGCUCCAGACGAAGAUUUGAACUCCCUGAAUUACCCUUUACAAGUUGUUUAUCCUAAAACAUUAUGUAUCACUGAUACAGAAUUUUGCUCCGUUAAAGAUAGCAAUGGGAUGCAUACCAAGAGUUCAUUGUAUACUGGGUUACAGCUGAUGGAUGUAGAUGAAGAUAAAGGGAAAGAACAUGAACAAGACCUUAAAUCCCAACUGAGAACUAACCUCAGAAAGUCCAAGAUGAGUUUCCCUUCAAAGCUUAAAGCUUCGGAAAAGAAGGAACUGGAACUAAAGGCAUUUUCUUCCAGAGAACCAUUUGACAGUUGUACGGAAGUUAUUCCAAGUGCAUCCAUAGUUGUAUCAGCUAAGAGCCAGCGAAGAUCCAAAUCCUGUACUGAUGUUACCAUUUUAAACGAGUCAAUGAAGCGGAAGAUUAUUACUAAAGGGGCAGUGAAACCAGACAAGCAUGAGACUGAAGGUCGUGCUAUUGUUCUUUAUGACAGUAAAUUUUCUGAAUUACAAAAGAAAAGAAGAGUUACAAAGUUGCCUAUCACCGUGGACAUACAAAAUUCAAGUGUUAAUUUGGACGUACCAAAUUCAGACGGGGUUUCUAUGGACAAAAAAAGCAAGUUAGCUCCUCGUACUCACAAGUCACAUUCCUUGGUGGAUUCUCAUGAUGAGACCUUAUCUUUGAAUAGCUUGUCAUUGACUGAUUUGAGGGCUAUGGCAAAGGAACACAAUGUGAGAAAAUAUUAUAAGCUUCGAAAAGUAGAUUUGGUUGAACAGUUAGCUCAGCGACUGAGUAGCUGCUGAACUUAGUGUGUUCUGCCUUACUUUUUUGGGUUUCUCUUGGUUGGUUAGGUCCAGGGCUUCCCUGUAAUUUGGUAUAGGAUCCUGACGUAGUCAUGAAUGAUACAUAGGCAUCAAAAAUGGUUUUUGCAACAGGAUAUUGUACAGCCUAUAGAUAGAAUUCUUAGGGUACUUUGUAAAUGAAAGGAAGUAUAGGUUUUCUUCCUUGAAGUUGGUUACUCCUAUAGGAGACUUAAAACUUAACGUUGUGCACCAUUAACGUGCUGCUGAGAUCCAUCGUUAAAUAUGAUGUGCGGGUCGCAACAUAGUCAAAUUUGGUCAUGUAUGUGUCGCAUUCAGUUUCUA